AUGAUCUACAUUCGCACCAGAUACAAGAAUCACAUCUAUGGUCCUGAAUUCAGAGACAAAUUCGAGAAUGGCGGCUUUCCUCAGCAUGUAGAUCUACCUAGGCUGGACAGGGGCAAACAGGGCGGCGCCUUCUGGAGCGCGUUCAUGCCGUGCCCUCCAGGAAAUGGGACGGACUUCUCGACUGAGCGAUAUUCUGAAAUUGUCCGCCUCACACUUGAUCAACUGGAUCUAUUCCAGCGUCUAGGCCAAAACUAUCCCAAGUAUUUCUCUCCAGCGAGAAAUAGCUCCGAAGCUCUCAACGCCUUCAAAGAAGGUCGCCUCAUUUCCCCUGCAGCUAUUGAGGGACUCCAUCAAAUUGGCAACUCCGUAUCCACUUUGCGCUUAUACCACCAACUGGGCGUUCGUUACGCGACUUUAACCUGGAACUGCCAUAACAAGUAUGCAGAUGCCGCUCUGGAAUCAGGCCCCAAUUUCGAGGCUAUCGUCGCAAAACCAUACUGGCACGGCCUCAGUCCUGCAGGUCGUGAUCUUGUGAAAGAGAUGAACCGGAUGGGCAUGCUCGUCGACCUCUCGCACGUCAGUAAAGACACCAUGAAAGAUGUCUUGGUCGGCAACGGUACUGGAGAUUGGGAAGGCAGCUUGGCACCCCCGAUCUUCAGUCACAGCUCUGCUUAUUCCAUAUGCCCGCAUCCUCGCAACGUACCAGACGACAUUCUGCAAUAUGUGAAGGAGAGAAACUCUGUCGUGAUGGUGAACUUCAGUCCGGGGUUUAUAUCGUGUGUGCCGGGAGACUCACCGUCCGAGCUGCCAAAGCUGUAUCCUGCCAAUGCCACCCUGAACCAGGUCGUCCGUCACAUCAGACACAUUGGGGAGCUCAUCGGUUACGACCACGUUGGCAUUGGGACGGACUAUGAUGGGAUUGACUCAACACCGGUUGGCUUGGAGGAUGUCUCGAAAUUCCCCGAUCUUGUCACAGAGCUGCUCCGCCAGGGCGUAAGCGAUGAAGACGCUGGAAAGAUUGUCGGCCGCAAUCUCCUCAGAGUUUGGAAAGAAGCAGACGAAGUAGCUGCGAGACUUCAGAAAGAAUUGCUCCCUCUUGAGGACGAUAUACAGAACCCUUGGGAAUAG